UAGUUCAAUUGUAAAGAACAGACCUAAUCUUAACCUGACUUUCAGCAAAUUAAACAACAGGUAUCAACGCUGUUAUCAAAUUUGUCUCUUUAAAAGAGAAAUUAAAUAUGAAUCUGCAACCACCAAAGAAAAAGAAAAGAGUGAAGUUGAAGCCACAAUUACCGUUUCCUAUUCCAUUAAAUGCAUCAGAUGAAUGGCCAGUAUAUACGGCUCAUUUGACAGAUGUGGGCACAUGCAUAAUUGAACCUGAAGAGAUUAACGCAAUACAUUCUAUGGGAUUUUUCGGCAAAGGAUCAUUGUCACGCAGUUACCCUAAUUUUGGUAAAGCAAGAUAUGGAGCACCACCAGUUAUUCGGAACAGACAAUGGCUUCGCAGACAAGAAUGGCUGAAAGAGAUAAAGGAGUUAAAUGUAACUUCUGCUUCCAAUUACAAAGAUACUAAAAUGGAUAUACAAUGCGAAGAUGAAAACGUCACGGAUAGUCAGAAAGAAAAACUCGAUGAAGUUGUUGAAAUAUAUUCGAAUUCCAUUGUCAACAACGAGAAGGAGCAGAAUAACGAAGUUACUACGAAAGAUGUGGAAGUUGAUGAAGUUGUACUAGAUUCUGCAGAAGAGGACGACAUAUGCGUAAUCAUUAACAGAGACUCCAAUAAGGGUGGAGACGCUCGCGCGAACGACGACAAUAAUCUUCACGGAAAUGUAUUGGUUCUGCCGGACAGCGACUCGGAAACGACUGAAAACUACCUGCAGAAUAUCAAACCAAGAAUCGAGACUGAAGGUUUUCCUGUUCGCGAGACUCUGCAUCUCACAUUCGAGGAAACCUUCUUUCUAAUGUUCGGAUUAGGUUGCUUGCAAGUAGUUCAUUUCGACGGAGUAAAGGAUGGAUAGUCAAGUCCGGUAUUAAAUAUGGUGGCGAUUUUUUGCUUUAUAAAGAAGGACCAUCCUUUUAUCACGCUUCUUAUAUUGUCAUAGUCGAAGUUGCGGAUGCGGACUCGUUAAUUUUAGAUCCUGCA